GCAUCUUUACGAAGAGAUCUUUUUGUACUUACUAAUAUUUUCCUAUUUUUCUAAUUACGUUAUGGUUGUCACUUGAAACUUCACUAGUGGUUCCAAAUUUUAAGUUGAUUGUGCUAACGAGUUCAGAUCCUCUUCGCUAUGUGGAUUGCUUGGCUUGCCCCCUUCAAAUUCUACCUCAAUCUCCCAUGCACGCGAAGAGCCUUGCGGUUCUCGAGAAUUUGAUGCUCCGAAGAAAGAUGGUUGAAAGUGCCAAGGAAAGCAUAACAAAGAAAGCUAGUAACUUUGAAAUCUAUGGGAAGUCGCAAGCAGUGUUUAUAGAAAUGGAUAGCAGUACAUCAACUUUUGUGGGAAAAGAACUGAAGGACUUGAAAGAUGUUGUCUUAAAAGGAGAAGACAAAGGAGACUACAAGGAUACCUUUGACCCUGAGAAGCACAUUGAUGCAUAUCUGCAUGUUAGAGUAAAUGAGCAAAGAGUUGUUGGAGGGGGAUCAUGCUCCCUUUGUGGAGUCAAUACCGAUCGGAAACAUAGCCUUCCUUUGUUGGUACACUCUUCCAAAUUGUAUAUUUCUUGGAUUGUUUUGGAGUAA